AUGAACCACGACAUAAACCAAAGGACAGCGGAAGCCAUAAGGGAGCUGGAGCAAAAGAGCGGUCAGAUGCUCGAAAGGGAUGAGGUUCCUUUGCACCUUUCAGUGAUUCUCGGUUUCUUGGACGGGAUCGAACGUGCCGUGUCUUCUAGGGAGUUGUUGUCGAAGCAGACGAUGGCUGUUUUCUUACUUCUUGCGCGGCCCGGUAGCCUUUGGUCGCUUUUCAAGCAGCGUCAGGCCUCUCGAGGGAAGCAAUUCGUUGUAGUUCAGACAGUGGAGGGCAUCCUGUUCCGGCUGUUGACCGUCAACAACAUUUUGACUAUGCAGUGCUCUGGUGAAUUACUUGACGAAAAGCUGCCCUCUACACUUCGCGCCCAACAAUAUACAGCUCUCCGGAAUGCGAUAAGACAAUUACCAGAUUCAUGGAAUAGUCUGCCGUCUAUACUGUCGAAAACUGCCCACUUCCCCAUUAUACAAAGAUGUGCGCUUCACCUCCUGUUUAUCGCCUAUUGUCUGGGCGAAGAGGAUGACAUUCCGACGGACACUGGUAACAAGAUUUUGGAGCACUUGUACCGGUGCAUCGAGAACUCGCAGCAAGGACCAUGUCUUCUUGCACGGGAUUCGAAUAUGGCUCACAAGAGUGUCAUCGCCAGUGUCUUUCUUUGUCUCUUUUCGAAAAUACACCGGGCCUGCUCCGGUGCAUCUGGGGCCGUGCCACCCCCUUCGUUCCGCCCUCGAUCGCUAAGCUUCCUACUUGAACUUGUAGGAAUAGUCAUCGGCUCUCGGAAGGAGGCCCAUUGCAUGCCGCUGCUCACGUUGAACGGCCCCCAGAGGCUAUUGGUGUUGUUCGACGAUUUUGUCCCGUGGUGUUGGACUGUUUGGAACGAUGCUCGGGCUGCAAACUCGGAACAAGUCAUCGCUCUGACUGCCACAUGGUUUUUUCAUUUAUCCAAAAGCCGCGAGCACAUGGCCCAAGAACAAGCAUUGGAGUCACACAUUCGAACUGGACUGCUGGCAAAUGUCGCGGCCUCCAAGCUCAUGCUAUCGCAUUUGUUCUCUUCUUUGGUACAGGAAUUCGUCGUCACGCCUGAAGACGGGGGGCCUAGCCACUUGCUUGAGGUUCUGCUGAUGGGUACUUGUUCCCUUCGAGCCAUACUUCAGCUUUCCGGGAGCGACCAAGAUAGCAUUAUGCUGCAGUGUAUUGAUUCAAUACUCUAUGUAUAUUCGCAUCUCGGUCACGGUUACCAGGAACUGGAAGCUAAAGAAGUCAUCAUGGAGGUUCUUACGCUGACAGAUCCGACCAUCUUGGCAACUUGUUUCUUGAGACUAUUGACGUCACCAAGAAGAGGCUCUUACUUGGACAAUCUCGAUCGAGCAAUCAUACACUGCAGAAGUUCUCUUGGGAGCAUGGAAACAGGAGGCUGGCGAGCAGCCAAGUUGACUCUGGACUUUAUGGCAAUCAUGUGGCAUUCUAGCGGAAAGUUUAUACUUUUGUUUUCCGGGCUGUCACUGCUGGGAACGGUGGUGCAGGUGCUAGGGGAAGAAAAUCACAAAACACUUCCCGGGUACUGCGAACUACGAAACACAGUUCUCAUUGCCAUAUCAAUCGUUCGAGACGAAGAUGGGUUUCUCGCUUUUGUGACGAAGCCGCAGUUGUAUGAAUUAUCAUCAUCGGUAGCGUCUGGUGGCAUUUGCUUGACCACAGCCUCUAUAUAUGCACAUUAUCUUCUGACGAAAAAGGUGCCGACUAAAUCCAGACUUUUGGUCACUCUAGCUUGGAAUUAUUUCCAAACUUCCUUGUCCGUUAUAUUGGCGGGUACGUUCACGUACACAGGCGAAGCGGAGACCAUUGCCCUUCUUGCGUCAUCCUCUAUUUGCUUUGCCCUCGUCAAGCUGUUGCACUCUUCUCCGGAGCUAAAGGACUAUGUCUUCCCCACACCGUGGACAGUCAGCCUGUAUGGCUCGCUCAGCAAACUGCUGGAAUACGAGAAGAGAACUACCACAGAUUUUUUGAUGAGGUUGAGGGAACGGCUCAGACAUCCCGGAGAGGCAUUGCUGAAGGCAUUAUCGCCCGGGUCAUCGGGAGGUAGUAGUACCUUCCGGGAUGAGUUCCCCUCGUUUUCUACGAGAUUAUUGUUCUUUCGAACUGAAUCUGGGAAAGGACGGUUCAUUGCCAGUGUAGACAGUGUACAAUAG